CACUGUGAUUCAGUGAAAGCAUGGCCCUUGUACGAAGGCGAGCCAAUGACAAUGCAUUCGAAAAAGAAGUCAGAGACCAUUUCAACCAAGGAAUAUGUGAAUUAACCUCUGUGGUCAAUUGUCUGUACCAAGCAAAAGAUGAUGUUAGCUUUUACAUAGAUCUAAAGGAGCACAUUGGGAAGGCUACACAGGAGUUGGGCAAGACUGAAGCAUUGGUUCUACGGGACCUGGAGAAUGUGGAUUCAGCGACUUCUGAGAUUAUGGUCUCAAAGAAAAAACUCGUGGAUGAACAGAAAGCCAAAGAGAACGAGCUUGUCAGUUUUCAGAGCCUUCGGAAGGAUUUGCAAAGACGCGGCGAGUUGCAAAGAGAAGACUAUCAACACCAAAAAGCUAUGAAGGAAAAGGCAAAAAGGGAUAGAGAAGCUGCAGCGAAAGAAAUGAGAGAACAAGAAAGGCGGAAAGAUAAGGCCUUGCGGUUGAUGUGGAUACCAGUUGUGGGAACUAUUAUUGGGGGUAUUCAGGCUAUUGACGCUCACAUGUCUCAGAAGGCAGCUGAGGAAAAGGCCGAUGCGGCACAGGAAAUGGUCAAUGAUUACCAUGCCAAGGAACAGAAGGCUCUGGACCAAGUUGCCAAAUGUGAGAAGCAGUUGAAAAACCAAGAGAGUAAAAUUAAGAUGGCCCAGAAGAAUCUUGAAGAGAUGGAAGAGAGAAAAAAGCAGCUAACCAACUUCCACAAGGAUGUUCUGAAUCUGCAGGAGGCCCUCAGGGGCUGCUCUAACCUGGUGGGGACCCUGCAUUCUGAAGCAAACGCGGUUCGGGUGACAAGCCAAUAUGUGUUCAUUUACGAUGCCUUGAAGCCUCAAAUUGAUAGUAUCACUCAUCACAUGCUUCCGUUUCUGGAUGCGAAAAAUCCCGAGCACCGGUUGCUGGACUGCCCUAACGUAAGACGAAGUAUCAAGAAAUUGAAAUUCUUCUCUGAGACCCCGAGUACUUUGGCCAGAAAUACUUACACUCUUAAGGAAAUGCUAGAUGACGAGGAUGUCCGUAGGUACUUGGUCAUUGGUUCUGUCAUCCUGGCCUUGCUCUGGGCAACUGGCUUUUUGUACAAAAUCCUUCUGUUUAUUUUAAUUGGCUGUAUCGUUUUCUGUUUCCUAGCUUAGUAGCUCUGUAUUUAAGGAGCACCUCCCAUUCUGCGAAUCUGCUCCAAUACAGGUAAUCCUCAAUUAACGACCACAAUUGAGCCCAACAUUUAUGUUGCUAAGUGAGAAUUUUUUUAAGUGAGUUUUGCCCUAUUUUACGACCUUUCUUGCCACAGUAGUUAAACCAGUGGUAGUCAACCUGGUCCCUACUGCCCACUAGUGGGCGUUCCAGCUUUCAUGGUGGGCGAUAAGGGUUUUGUCCGAUACUGAAGCACUUUCCUUUUUUUUAAUUUAAUUGACUUUUUAAAAAAUUUACAUAGCAUUAUUUAAAAAUAUUUUCAUUAGGUUUUCAUAAAAUUCCCCGUGACAAUUUACAUUUCUGAAAAUAUACUAUUUGUAUCGCUCGCACAUAAGUUUAGUUCACGUUACGUAAGUGAAACUAAAUGGCGCUAUAGUGCGACCGCAAACAAAAGAGCCUCGUCCCGGAAUAGCUCGCGCAUCUCCCCCCACACCACCCAGCUGUAACAGACAAGCAGAGCUGGUAGCCGGCGCCCCCCCCCCCAAACACAAUCCAUGAUGCGCGAGAGGCAUGCGCAGACGAUGAUACACAGCGCAUUAUUGUGGAACCGGUGGGCUGUUAGAAAAUUUUACUACUAACAAGAGAUACAAAAGUGGGCGGUAGGUAUAAAAAGGUUGACUACCCUGAGUUAAACGAAUCAUUGCAGGUGUUAAAUUACUCACAUUAAAUUGUUAAAUUAGUCAUGUGAAAUGAAUCCGUUUUUCCCCAUUUACUUUGCUUGUUAGAAGGUUGCAAAAGUGGAUCACAUGACUUUAGAACACUGCAACCAUCAUAAAUGUGAGUCAGUUUGCCAGCAUCCAAAUGUAAAUCAUGUGACCAUGGGGAUACUGCUAUGGUUAUAAGUGUGAAAAAUGGUCAUAAGUAACUUUUUCCAGUGCCCUUGUAACUUUGAACAGUUAUUAAGCAAAUUGCAAGUCAAGGACUACCUGUAUUUAUAUCAGCAGGAAAGUGCCUUUGAGGAUGCUUCUAUGGCCAGAAAAACUGGCCGAGGCAGGAUGAGGACCACUCUGGUCCAGGCUGCAUAUGCCCUUCCACAGGAGUUGUUCUUGGCCCCUACAUUAGUAGAAAAAUGGAAAGAAGACACAAUAUAUUUCUUUUAGAAUAAAAUCGGAUAGAAUAGAAUAGAAUAGAAUAGAAUAGAAUAGAAUAGAAUAGAAUAGAAUAGAAUAGAAUAGAAUAGAAUUUUUUAUUGGCCUAGUGUGAUGGGACACACAAGGAAUUUGUCUUGGUGCAUACGUUCUCAGUAUACAUAAAUGAAAAGAUACAUUUGUCAAGAAUCAUAAGGGACAACACUUAUUGGUAGUUAUAGGGUACAAAUAAGCAGUCAGGAAACAAUCUCAAUAUAAAUCGUAAGGAUACAAGCAACAAAAUUACAAUCAUACAGUCAUAAGUGGGAGGAGAUGGGUGAUGGGAACGACGAGAAGAUUAAUAGUAAUAGUAAUGUAGACUUAGUGAAUAAUUUGACAGUGUUGAGGGAAUUAUUUGUUUAGCAAAGGAAUGGCGUUCGGGAAAAAACUGUUCUUGUAUCUAGUUGUUCUGGUGUGCAGUGCUCUGUAGCGUCGUUUUGAGGGUAGAAGUUGAAACAGUUUAUGUCCAGGAUGCGAGGGGUCUGUAACUAUUUUCACAGCCCUCUUUUUGACUUGUGCAGUCUACAGGUCCUCAAUGGAAGGCAGGUUGGUAGCCAUUGUUUUUUCUGCAGUUCUAAUUAUCCUCUAAAGUCUGUGUCUAUCUUGUUGGGGUUGCAGACUUAGCAAACUUAGAUCAGGUAAUAUACAGAUAGCCAUCGUUGUUAAGUGAAUCUGGUUUCCCCAUUGACUUUGCUUGUCAGAAGGUCACAAAAGGUGAUUACAUGACCCCGGGACUCUGCAACCGUCAUAAAUAUGAGUCAGUUAACAAACAUAUGAAUGUAAAUCACAUGACCAUGGGGAUGCUGCAAGAGUCAUAAGUGUGAAAAAUAGUCAUAAGCCACUUUUUCUGUACUGUAACAACUUUGAAUGGUCACUAAGCGAACUGUUGUAAGUCAAGGACUACCUGUAAUUGUGUGACUUAUAUUUCUUGCUUUAAACUUGUAUUUUGAUUUCAAAUAUUUUCAAUUGCUUUCUCUUUAUAAAAACACGACGGUGGGCUAUUAAUCCAGUAAAGGAAGAAAAUCGUUG